AUGCCCCCCCCCGGCCCCAGGCCCCGGAAGGCGUGCCCCCUCCAGCCCAGUGGCAAAAUAUCGAGCGAACUGGCGAGUAUCCAAAAUCAUCCUGUCCGGCCCACCAUGGCAGGGGCCCCCCCUCUCGACGCCGGGGCGAAGGGGGCAUGCCUAGAAGGAUCCCCCAUCGAAAGCCCCCUCCCCCUCCAUGGGAAGGGUGUGCCCCCUCGACCCCCCGUGCUGGCCCACUUCGAGCCCGACGGCGGCCAAGCCAUCCAGCGAACUGGCCAGUACCCCAAUUCUCCCAAAUGCCCACUUCUCCAAGGUGCCGUCUCCCAGUCCCUCGCCCAUGGUCUCUGA